AUGAAAUUAUUUAAUGAUAGAGGUGACUUUGGUCUUAUUGGUCUUGCAGUUAUGGGCCAAAACCUUAUUCUUAACAUAGCUGACAACGGAUUCACAGUUGUUGCGUACAACAGAACUGUUGAAAAAGUAGAUCAUUUCUUAGAAAAUGAAGCUAAAGGAAAAAAUGUUGUUGGUGCUCGCUCAAUUAAAGAACUUGCUCAGAAGCUAAAGAAGCCAAGAAAAAUCAUGCUUUUGGUUAAAGCUGGUCAAGCUGUUGAUGAUUUUAUUGACCAAUUACUUCCUUAUCUUGAAGAAAAUGAUAUUAUUAUUGACGGUGGUAAUUCUCAUUAUCCUGAUAGUAUUCGUAGAUGUAAAUAUUUAGAAGAAAAGGGAUUAUUGUUUGUUGGUUGCGGUGUAUCCGGUGGUGAAGAUGGUGCUCGUUAUGGUCCAUCUCUUAUGCCUGGAGGUUCUAAAGCUGCAUGGUAA